AUGGACGAGUACACACAAAAUGGUCAGACACCUCUGAUUCCCACCGAAGAACCUAUGGACCAUUUAUACUCGGUGGACCCAUGCAGUCAAGCAACCAAGCCGCCAGGUACAUUCAACAAUGAAGACUCACAGUCUGCUAACAUCACUCCUGCGCAGCGUGAGCCACAAGUCAACAUGGAUCACAUGCAAGCUUCUUCGAACGCCGACGACGAUGGCUUCACUGUCUACACGUCACGGAAGCGGAAGUGUCAGCACGAAAACAACGGGGAGGUGAAUCAACUUCAAGAGACAGUGGUGACGAAAAGAGCCUCACAAGUCAAGAAAAAAAGAAAGCAAAUAAAGCUGGGAAAACCAAUAUCGCGGCACAUACACAAGCUACACAAAGUUCUUCAACAGCCCCAACUUACUCUGCAGCCUCCACAGCAAAAACAGCAGCCACCCACGCAACAGCCACAGCAGCUUCCGUCCCCAGUGUGGCUGCAAGUAAAAGGAGCUUUGCCACAAGAGCAGCAAAAGCAGCUGAGACAAAUUCUGCAGACACAGCCGUCUCCACAGGUGCAACCACGGCAGUACGGUCAAGAAGGAAUGACUAUGCCGAAAGGGCAACCUCAGUGGCAACAGAUAAUAUUGCAAUCAAGCCUUCUUCCACAGGAAAAACUACUGCAGCAACCAGGGCCACAGUCGCAAACUUUGCCCCUAUAUUUGUCCAACGCGCCCCCACUGUUUCAGUCAACACGGCAGCAAGGGCCUCACUUUCAGAUUCCUGCAAUCACCCAACAACAAGUCCUGCCUCUGAAUCAGCAACAACUGCAUCUAGGCUAUACAGAACAGCUGCAGCAGCAGCUGCAACUCCCACCGCAAAUACCUAAAAAAGGUUUCGAAUACGCACUACCCCAAGUAAGGUAUCAACGUCAGCCACCUUUUGAUCAGCAAUAUUUGCUAGAACAGCAACAAGAAUUAAAUCAAGAGCUGCAGAAACAAGUGGCUUUGCUGACUUAUCAGCAACAGCAGCAGGGUCAGAUACCACAGCAGCAAGGCUGGCCUCAAAAAAGGUCAAAAAUUCUGCUUAUUCACCAGCAGUUGCAGCCCGAUGAAUACUUGGAGUCGAUCGCUGUUGAUGGGCAACCAAUUUACAACCAGAUCGACCCGCCGCCUGGUGCGAUGCAACAAUUGCCACCACUCAUGCCGCAACAGCUGCAACCGGACAGCCCACAGCUGGAACCGAACAUGCAGCCACCUCCGGCGCACAUGCACAAAAAGAAAAAGAGCAAGAGCAAGAAGAAGAAAAGCAGUAAGAGCAAGAAGAAAAAGAGCAGCAAAAAGAAGAGCAGCAAGAGCAAAAAGAAAAAGAGUAGCAAGAGCAAAAAGAAGGGCGAUGGAGACAAAAAGAAAAAGAAGUCGAAAAGCAAGUCCUCCAAAAAGAAAAGCAGCAAGAGCAAAAAGAAAGGCAGCAAAUCAAAAGGAAAAAAGAAGGGGAGCAAGUCUAAAAAGAGCAGUAAGUCUAAAAAGAGCAGUAAGUCUAAAAAGAAGAAGGGGAAGAAGGGAAGUAAGUCUAAAGGGAAAAAAGGAAAAAAGAAAAAGAAGGGCCAAGAGGAAGGAUCCGAGGAAGCUGGUGGAGACGAUGUGAAGACGCAAGCAGCCACAGCUGGAACAACUAUUGCUCCAAGUGCUGUGGGUACCGCAGCACCACCUGGCUUUCUAUACGCUCCUGGGUCCCCCGGGUACCCGGGGUCUUACAGUCCAGCCCUCAGGGGUGCCCUGAGAACCGGACCAGGGGUUCCGGGAAUGGCACCCAGGUACUCGCCGCGCUUCGCCCCAAUGCCUGGAGGAGGGGUGACCGCCAGAAUAAGCGUCACGUCUCUACCAGUUACGGGCGGUGUGAGACGCUACCGCCUGAUGCCAGGUGCCAGCCCUUCCACGGUUUCGAUUGGGUCGCAGAGGGGAAGCAGCAUUGUUGUGGCCGUCAAACGCAGGAGGAGGUCGAGCAGCCUUCCGAGUUCGUCGUAUUCCUCUAUGCAGAUGGCACAAGCUCCCCAGUAUUAUAGGGGCAGUCCUUACACGACUGGUUAUUACGACGACAUGUCGGAAAGCUAUUACGACGACGAACAGUACUCGCUGCCUAGUCUAGAUUACGAGGGGAGCUACUAUGCGGAUGAGCUCGUGGGCGAUCAGUAUACAGGUGAUGCGUACAGGCGACCAGCGGACGACGGCUUUACCUUUCCGCCCCAAAUUCACAUGCAGCCUCCAGCACAACUGGCCGAACCGUAUUCACCCAUAAUUCAAAUUGCGAUGCAACCGCCAGCUGAACCCUUCUCGCAAGUUCCGUUUACUGCGAAUCCACAACUGGUGACUUAUCCUCAAAUGCAGACGCAAUUUCAGCAGAUGCAAUCAGUUCAAGAGUCCUCAAAGCCUAUCAUCAUUCAUCACCAGUCCCUGUUACCCCCGGGACAACCGCCAAAGCCCAUUAUAAUCCACCAUCAAACACCUAACAUGCACGUUCAGAUCUCAUCUACGUCCAACAGCACAACUUCGGUUGAUCAGGCGCCACCGCCAACCGGAGCAUUCAGACCACACAGAGCCUAUUCUCCGCCUCCACCGCAUUACCACGACAUGGUCCCACCAUCACCGAUGCAUAUGCAUUAUUCUCCGCCACCUCCAAUCCAGGAGUAUGCGAUGUCUCCACCACCGCCGAUGAGGCGGCCCCGUAGGUUCCACUCGAUGCCUUCACCUACUAUGAUGACAACCUCUAUAAUGCCAUCUCCGGCAACGUCAAUGAUGAUGCAGCCUAUGAUUGCACAAUCACCGCCGCCUCCCAUGAUGAUGCCGAAUUCAAUGUCUCCUUUCCCGCCUCCUAUGGCGGCGUCGCCCUCACUUUCUGCGACGAUGAUGCCCAUGAUGCCUCCAAUGAUGUCGCCUAUGAUGCCGCAAAUGAUGCCAUCAAUGACGCAGCCCAUGAUUCCGCCUGUGAUGCCUCCCAUGAUGCUACCCAUGAUGUCGCCCAUGAUGCCUCCGCCGAUGCAGUACCCUGGCUAUCCCCAGCCCGCAGUGUCCAACACGGAGAAGAUAUACUACCGGGUGGAAAAACGGGGCGAAUCUUCGGACAGCGAUUACGACUACAGAAAGCACAGGCGGCGCGGCCAGAAGUCUCGGAGAAGGCGUCGGAGGUCGUGGCACCGCUCUUCUUCUCCCUCGGACGAAACAUCCUUAAAUUCGCUGCGCAGCGUGUCGUCGGCUCCCGCCACCCUGACGCCCGUCUUUCAACAGUAUCAACAGUUGGCUCCAUACCAGGCAGGGGCCUUCCAGCAGCCGAAUAUGCUGACGUCACAUGCGGUGCCCCAGGCGCCCUACAUCACGGGAAUUCCGGACAGCAGUCAGGACCUCAUGUCCAUCGAAAGGGCUAUGAAGAAGAUGUAUAUACAGAGAUUUCCCAGCGAACCGGACAGGCAGUCGCUAUUUCCGGAGCGGUCCCUCAUCAUCAUAUUGGUGAUGGUAUUCAUCUUCGCCGUACUCGUGGUGGUCCUAGCUGUAGUGCGCUCGUCCUCUCCAAAUGGUUAUUUCUAA